CUGUCUCUGGAGGAUCUGUAAACAUGAAGCUGCUUCAGGUCCUCAUUAUUUUGCUGUUUGUGGUACUUGCAGAUGGUGCACAACCCAAAAAAUGUUUUAACAACAUAGCAGGCUACUGCAGGAAGAAAUGCAAAUUAGUGGAGAUAUCUGAGAUGGGAUGCCCGAAUGGGAAAUACUGUUGUGUUAAUGAGACGAAGAACAGGAAGUACAAAAACCACACAGCCGUCGAGAAGCCAGUGGAAUUCAGAGACGAAUUAAAACCACAAGACUAUAUUAUCCUGCCCACCAUCACAUACUAUACCAUCAGCAUCUGAAAGAACCACUUGCUCACAAAGGCCAUUGUAUCCUGAAGCCCUGUGGAAUCCAGUGGGCUGCUUCUGUCCUGUCUCUUUCCUCCUGUGAACCUGAUUCUGCACAUAAUAAAGUCUGACCCUUUUGCGUGUACCCACUCCUUGUCUGGAUAUUUUAAGUGUGAAUGGUUAGCUGCUGUGUUGCUUGUGUUUCACCUGUGAAAUGGGGACAUAGAGAUUACAUGGACACUGGGGGAGGUGGCAGCAAGUCUCUCCACUUUCUAGCCAAGUUGGUAUUUCACAGAUUUCAAGUAUUUUUCUUCAUUAAAAAAAAUUCAAAGUAAUUUUGGACA